UUCAAAACAAGGAACAAGGCAAAAAGCAAAUGACACAAACUUGUACAAAUUCUGUUUUUUCCAAGCUACAGCCUCAUUAGAAUAUUUUUCUUCUCUUCCCUCUCUAUUAUAAAUGGUUUGUCUGUCUCAUAAAGUCUCAUAAAGCUACCACUUCUCUAACUGAACUCAGCCAUCCUCUCUUUCCCACCUUCAAUCACAUGAAAUAAAUACAAAAAGACAUAACCAAACAGUAAAUAAAUUCCACCCCAUGAAAACAGAGAAUCCAAUUUCUAAAAAUGAAUCUGAUCAAAACCAACAAGAAACGGAAGAGCUGAGGAGAGGACCAUGGACACUUGAAGAAGACACCUCACUUAUCCAUUAUAUUCAUUGUCAUGGUGAAGGUCGUUGGAAUUUAUUGGCUAAAUCUGCAGGAUUGAAAAGAACAGGAAAAAGUUGCAGACUAAGAUGGCUUAACUACUUAAAACCAGAUAUUAAGCGCGGUAACCUUAGUCCACAAGAACAGUUAAUGAUCCUUGAGCUUCACUCUAAGUGGGGUAACAGAUGGUCAAAAAUAGCAGCACACCUACCAGGAAGAACAGACAAUGAGAUAAAAAACUAUUGGCGAACAAGAGUGCAAAAGCAAGCGAAACAACUUAAUAUGGAGUGCAAUAGCCAAAGUUUCAUAGAGGCAAUUAGGUGUUAUUACAUGCCUAGAUUGGUUCAAAAAAUUGAGCAGAAUUCGGCUGAUCUUACAUCGCUGAACACUGAUCAGAUUGCUCCCGUUUCGCAUUCUUACAUGGCAUCCUCAUCAACCAAAUUGGAGCACAUCAACUCUGAAAGUACCAAAAAUACUUCAAGCUCAAACACCAGCUAUUCCAGUAUCCCAGAGUUUCAAGAUCUGCCCACUAGUAGUACUUCCCUUGCCUAUGAUAAAGCUGUAAAAAGUAAAGAAAACUCCGUUUUACUAAAUAAUAAUACUCACUGUACAAUUAAUAGCAGCUGUAACAACUAUGACAUGGACCUGAUUUCUAUGACGGCAUCUAAGAAUCCAUUCGCCGAAUGCCAUGUGGAGGAAAAUGAUUGGUUUGGGAACGACAUGGCAGGAGAUGCCAUGUGGGAUAUGGAUGAAUUGUGGCAGUUUAGGAAGUAGGACAAUGAUGUAUGAGCAUCUAGGUUAUGAGAGAGUGGAUCCCACUUCUAAGAUGAUCGCAGCCCAUUUUUUUUGACAGGCUUUUGAUAAGAAUCUAAAGUGUACCUAUAUUACUAUGUUACUAGUAUAGUAGUAAUCCAGGUUAUGUAUAUAGUAUGAAUGUAAGUAGUACAGAAAAAGUAUAUGUAUGAAGUUGCAUAGUACUGUACCAUGUAAUGCUAGAAUUUUGGUUUUCUGGGUGCAGAAACACAAUUUAAGUGAAGUAAAUAGGUGCUGUUUUAAUCUUAUUUGAUUUAAUUUAAUUUUAUAUGGUAUAUAUACUUUCUAUUAUGCUGUUCA